CAGCAAUCUUAAGGGGCAUUGCACUUGUCUCGGUCUGACAGCACUGGCCAGGCGCGACCACUGGAGCGGAACUACAGCUGUUGUUUACCAAGCAUGUGACAAACAUGGGAAGGGACAGCGCAAACAGGCCCGUAAACUCAUACAGAUAGGAGUUUAGUGGAAGAUCGGAAGAUCACAUGACAAACACUACACAAGGUAUUAGAAAUGUGAAGUGUAUGUUUGGAUGAGGAAGUGAGAAAUAAAGUGUUUGUUCAGACCCUAUCCAUCUUGCAUUGAGACUCUGUCUAGUUGUAGUUUACCACCCCAGGUGUUGUUGAAGUAUGACGUGAACUCGACUGUAGCUGGAAGGUAUUUUGUAAUAAUACAGCUUUGAAUGUUGACUCGUAAAUCAAAGUAGCACUUAUUAUUACGUUGACAACUAACCAAGGUUUUCGCAACACCAAUCGAUUCCCUUUAUCUUGAGGAGGAUAGCAGUCUCCUUGCUACAACAUCCCAACUUGUAAGGCCAGUGACGAAUAACAUAUUUUGAACUUAAUUCCAUAUUGAUGUUUAUAUCUAUCAAUCAAAUCUAAAAAAGGUCUUUUAAUAUACAUCAGCAGUCACAAAGUGCUUUACAGAUACCCAGCCUAAAACCCCAAAUACUGUUGCCCACAGUGUUUUAUCCCUAAUGUGAAUCAUUGUAGAGGUAUCAAAGACACACGACUGGAAAAGACUACCUUUUAACAGUAUUAUCACAAAAGUAUAUAUGAGUCAUCUCUACUGUCUGCCAUAUAAUGGUAGUAUGUUGUCUUAAUGUACGCCCCAAACAUUUCCUUGGAAUGUUUGUUUUUUGAAGGGGGUGGGGGAUAUACUGGUUAGGACAGGUUGGCCAUGAAAGUGGUUUAUAAUCCUCUGCUGUAUCAUUACAGGAUAUUAUAUAUGAUUAUUAUGGUGAGAAUGUUUCUUGUCAGGUUCUCCCCACUGUUUCAGUGCAUAUCUAAGAUUCCUACCCCACCCCACUCACACCUGUUUUAAGCACCUCUCUGAGACGCCUCCGCCUCCUUAAAGUGCGUCUCUUGCCUGUUCAGGGGGCCUCUGCCACGACUACAACCCAGAUGAAGUCCCUUACUGACAUAUUGCCACCCCUCAGUCCCGCUUUUCCAUUGAUGUAAAAAUAUUUUUUUUUAAGAAUAAUUUCUAUAGGUUUACAAAUAGGCCUAAAACUAAUUGUAUGUGUUUUAGAUAGUAGUGACUGUGUUAUCAAAGUAAAGAAGUAAACAAGGAGGCCCCUUGCCACAGCGCCUGUCUGGUUUAUGAAGGGUAGUGAUUCACUGCUUUCUCAAUUCCCGGUGGAGAACAUGAUGACAAGGUACCUGUAUUUUCCUUAAAGAUCACAGCGGUACAAUGUUUUUCUGUGAUAUUUGUCUCCCUCAGGGAGAUCGUAAAGUAGCGCAAUGUAAUCUGACGGCAAUUUGACAGAGGCUUGCUGUGUGUGUGUGUGUGUGUGUGUAUCCUUCUAUGCUCAUUUCUCUCAUGUAGACUCCUUUCUACCAAUGCCCCAGGGCAGUGAUUGGGGACAUUGCCCUGUGUUGGGUGCUGUCUUUCGGAUGGGAGGUUAAACGGAUGUCCUGACUCUCUGUGGUCACUAAAGAGCCCAUGGUACUUAUCGUAAGGGUGUUAACCCCGGUGUUCUGGCUAAAUUCCCCAAAGCAAGGGUAAAAAAAGGAAACGUAACCCAGAGCCAUAAAAUUUGAAUGUCUGACAGUGAAAACUGUUACUGAUGACAUAUAUGGGUGCUAUGUGGUUAUGUUCGAUGUACUUUUAGCCUGACUUAAAUAUUUACUUGACCAUCAAAGAAACGCAGGUGUUGUCAUUUCUAGUAACAAGGUGGUAAAGAGAGGUUUUGAUAUAAUUUUUAAGCAGUAUUUACUGAAACAGAAGUCAACCGUACACCCCCAACCAAAUGUUUAAUUUGCCAAGUAACAGAAGUUAAAACGGAAAACUCCAUCCGUUUUGUGAGAAGGGGUUACUUUUGCCGUUCAACCAGGUUUCGUCAGGAAAAUAGCUGUUUUGUAUUACCCCCUUUUGAGUCCAACACACAUCUGAACAGAGCUUAAAGGCCCAGUGCAGUCAAAAACUGUUACGGUUUUCUUCUAACUCCUCCUCUGACGAAGAGGUGUAGCAAGGAUUGGACCAAAAUGCGGCGUGUUGAUUACGAUUCAUGUUUAAUGACAAACACACUAAACACAAACACUAUAAAAACAAUAAACGUAAUGAAAACCGAAACAGCCUAUACUUGUGUAAACUAACACAGAACAAGGACAUAGGACAUAAGGACAAUCACCCACGACACACUCAAAGAAUAUGGCUGCCUAAAUAUGGUUCCCAAUCAGAGACAACGAUAAACACCUGCCUCUGAUUGAGAACCACUUCAGACAGCCAUAGACUUAUCUAGAACACCCCACUAAGCUAGAAUCCCAAUACAAACACACCACAUACAAAAACCCAUGCCACAACCCUGGCCUGACCAAAUAAACGAAGACAAACACAACAUACUUCAACCAGGGUGUGACAAAAACACAAUUUUCUUGUGUGUUAUAUAUAUUUUCAUACUGAGGUUGCAAUAAUAUGUGAAAUUGUGAAAAUAAUGAUAAAUCCCUGUUGUUUGAGCUGUUUGAAAAGACUGUCUGAAAUGUCAUGGUGGAAGGGAGUUUUGGCCUUCCAUGGUGACAUCACCGUGCGGCAAAUUAGUUAAUAGGCCAAUAAGAAAGAUGGUUCCAACCCUCUCUGCUAAUAACAGCUAAUUUCCGUUUCCCCCUCCCCUCUCAGAACACUCCCUGACAGUCCUAGCAAAAUUCUUGCUUGAGAAAUUGCUUGCUAAGAAGCUGUUUUUGUUUGUUUAAAAUUAAAAUGGUCAAAAAGAAUCACAGUAAGAUACUUAAUUCUUACCCAGAAAUGAUUUGAUAUUGAGAUAAAAAUGGCUGUAUUCGACCUUUUUGAAAAACUUGGGAAAGUAUUCUGUAUUGGGAAAUGUAUGAACAAAUUUGACCUACAUGCAUGCGUCAGGUGAUGAGGUUCAUGCCAUACCAUACUGGUAGUGAUAUGACAUAAAGAGGUGGCCUACAAUGUGUUUGUGAGUUGAGAUGUUCUUCUGAGUAUUUCUAACAGGACCAUAUGCUGCAGGAGUGGGACCAUAACAUCAAGGAACCCUGCCUCCCCAUGGAGAUGUUCAACCCUCAGCGGGUGCCUGGGUGUCACCAUUGUACAGCGCGUUGGAUUUCAUUUGAAGUUUGACUUUAUUACCCUUGUGGCGCAAGGAUGAUUGUUCAGGUUCUCCUGACGGGGACACUAUGCUGCCUACUGCCAGGUUUGCUGGAUGCUACACCUCUGAAGGCUAGAACUGUAGGGGAGGUCAGCAUCGACUCUGCCCAGGCUCAUGGCUUCCUGUCUCAGUCACGCUCCAAACGGAACGUCAACCCGGACCCCAAGUGGCACCGUGGCACGCCUGAUUUCCAGUCCUACUACAAAUUCUACAACAGCAUAGGCCAUAUUGAAGGACUGUAUGAGAUUGACAAGAUCAGGAUACUGUAUCAGCAGAUGCGUCACCUAGAGCAGGUCUAUGGGCCAGACGCCUCCGGCUACCAGAAUGCCCUGGGUGUGAUAACCCCUCCACCUACCACCACAGUGCCUCCUACCACUCAGCCCCCUCCUACUACACCAGCACCACUUUCUCUAACUGAGGCUGAUGUCCUUUAUCUGUGUAACCCCAAAGAUCCCCUCUGUAAAGCUCACAUCGUUUACCUGCCUUCAGGGGCCAUCCCAGUCCUCUGUGACCCACGCUACAACCCUACCUGCAAACCCCAAACCGGCAAGGUGGUCAUAGCCGCUGCCGGACCUGCGGAGCCAGCUGUUGAAUCACCUCCCCCAUCUCCACCCCCCCCUAAGAAGUCUCUCCCACCUCCUCCCACUGUCAUUAAAGGGAUGGAGUUUGACUGCGACCCUUACUGGGACCCUGACUGCUUGAUCGAUCACCCACCUCGCUCUGUCCAGGUGACUGAGCCACCACCACCCCCUAAUUUCCCACCUGUUGUGGUGGCCCCUGUUGAGGAGGAGGAGGAGGAAGAAGAAGAAGAAAUGGCCACAGAGGAGACACUAGCACCUUCUGACCCUUAUGAUUGGGGGCGUGACCUUUUUGACCCUUACCACUAUUCCGACCCAGCACCUGACCCCCAGUAGACAGUUUUUUGUUUUGUUUAUCUAAGUACAAACAUAACACAUUAGUACUGCAAUACAACAGAAGAUCAUUUACCAAAUACAGGUUGGACUGUGAGCAAAACCAUAACAAACACAAUUGUAUACAAACACAACAAUUUCCCCACAUGUCUGACAUUUCUCAGUUUCAUCAGAGAAUAUUGUUUUGAUUUGUAGAGACAACGGACUUAUAAUAUAUUGUAUUCAACGUGUGUGUCUGUUAUCAAUUAAUAUUUAAAAAAUUAAGUGUCACGUCCCAUUUGAAAUUGUUUAUGGUAAAAGGUCGCCAUCCAGCGGUGAGAACUGAAACUAAAUUAAACGAUCUAUAUGGACAGUCUGUUUUGUAGAUUUAAAAUGUG